GUAUGGAAGGAGGUGAACUAUUCGAGCGUAUCCAAAAGAGAUCUUCAUUCACUGAGAGGGAAGCUGCAGAACUCAUCAAAAGCGUUGCUUCGGCUGUCCAGCACGCUCAUUCUUUGAAUAUUGCUCACCGAGAUCUCAAACCGGAAAAUUUGCUCUUCAUGAAUGACACAGCCGAAGCUACAAUUUGCCUUACGGAUUUCGGCUUUGCGAAAGAAUGUGAUCAGGUUUUACAAACUCCUUGCUACACGCCGUACUACGUGGCACCGGAAAUCCUACAAGCCGAGCACCGUAAAAGUGGCACAUACGACAAGUCAUGUGAUGUUUGGUCAUUGGGGGUUAUUCUGUACAUUUUACUCUGUGGACACCCGCCCUUCUAUUCUGAGGGAGGAGGUCAUAUUUCUCCCGGAAUGAAGAGACGAAUUCGCUCCGGUAUCUAUGAAUUUCCUGAGGAGGACUGGAAGGACAUCUCAGCAUCCGUCAAAGAUUUGAUUCGUAAAACACUUCACAUUAACCCUGACCGACGAAUGACUAUAGACGAAAUCAUGCGACACCCUUGGAUUGCUCAAUGCGAGGAUGUACCAUCUACUCCCCUACUAUCCCACACUAAACUCAAGGCCAAGCCUGAAGUUCAAAAAGAGAUUAAGAAUGACAUGGAGCAAGCCCUGUCUGAAAUGCGAGUGAGUGAGAAUGCCACCGUAAUACCGUUGGAAGAUGCGACCAGUAGCUUGCUUGACCGCAGAAAGGCGAAGGGUAAAGGACCCCCUAAACCGCUCGUAAUGUGAUAGAAUCUUUCCAAUGAUUAUAUGCCGUACCUGACGAUAUCUUUGCAGGGACACUCUACUUUUGCUAGAAGGCCUACUAUCUUUAUAGAUGUUCGCCUAGUAGGCAGCUCAUCUGAUGGUAUAAUAGUGCGCUGACAUAUAGUCUCCUCAAACACGAUCUGUCAAACCGCAAGUUAUCCUCUUCUUAUAUCGAAUGGAUUAAGGUUUGAUAAAUUCUGGGUAGGUCUAGUUAGCAAAGUACGUAUAAAAAAGGGAAGCUGUUUGGGUUAUGCUUUCGCACCAGGAUUGAAUUCGGACUUCCUCGUCGUGUGCGAAGAAACCAUUCAGUAUAUGCACUAGCUCACAUUCUAAGGUCAGUGGUGCUAUGUGCAACCUACUAGGGGGGGGGGCUGAAAUUCUCGACAAUUACUUGUUCGUUAUAGAUGUACGUUGUGUAUUUGCAUCCAACAAGUAAACUUUUAUUCUAUAAAAUACGAUAUGGCAGCAAGAAUGGCAGUAUGACGCAGAUUGUAGCAUCGCUCCGUCGAUAUUCAAUACAAGUGUCGGCCAAUCAAAUCAUGUACUAUGUUGUACAAUACAACCACUCUUGUAUCCCUGAUGUGUCUUGGUGUCUGGUGAAGAAAAAGUAUGUCUGUGCAGCAAAGAGCAACUUCUGAAUUCUGACAAACGAAUUCGUUCUGAUCAAAUAUUCUUAAACUGAGUUUUCGUAUGUCUGUUCUACUAUACGUAAGAAAAAAGCCAUCAACACCCUUUCGAAUGAGAAUUGGACAAUAUGCACCCUCACAUAUUAAAAAGAUGUGCCC